AGCCCCAGCCUUCAGGGGUUUGCCAGCCGCAGGAGAGAGACAUUCUCCAGUAACCGCAUGAUGAGAAUGAGGCUGUGAAACCUCCAGGAGCAGGAAAGGCAUUUUCUGGCCGCCGGAGGCUAGGAAGAGUUUUGCAAUAGGUAACUUUUGAAACAGUGGUUCCCGCUCAUGUUUCUGUGAAAACUGGACUCACAGAAUUUCGGAUUUGGGCUGUUUGUCGUUUAACUUGGUUUUUACAUUGGAAUUGCUUAAUUGCGGGCUGUGCUUAUCUGUGGGUUUCCGAGCAGGGUCGGUGGUCGCUGAUGUCACAAAGUUCUAACUUUUGAAUGUGCAUUUAAGCAGGUAUUUUCAGUGGGAUUAAAAUUAUUUUGAAAGCUGAGCAAUCAGAUAAAGUACAUCCUCACUCCCAACCCCGGAGCGGUGAUUUUUAGUAUAUGUGUGGAAUGGGUAUUUACUUUCUGCCUUUGUUUAGGAACUGAUGUGUUUCGAAAUAGUUUUUUUACGUCUCAAGACUCAAGUAACUGUUUAACCUUAGAGUAGUGUCUAACUCCUUAUAAGGGAUUAAAAAACACGCAACAAAAUUGGCGUCCUAUGUUAAUUUGAUUUAAUGCUCCUUGAUGGUUUUCCAUAUUCAUAUUGAUCUCACCUUAAUUGUAUUAAUCAUGUUAAUUCUUCCAAGCUCAAAAUGAGAUAUCAAGGAGAAGGUAAUACGUUGACUAUAAUUUUCUUUCCUUUUUUUCUUUGAAAGGUGGGGGAGUGGUGCUAAGGAUCAAGUACACUGUUUUAGAAAAAGAAAACAAAACCCAAACAUGAGGAAGGCGGGUGCCACGUCUAUGUGGGCUUCGUGCUGUGGGCUGCUGAAUGAAGUCAUGGGAACCGGAGCUGUCAGGGGCCAGCAGGCAGGAUUUGCAGGAGGCACUGGUCCGUUCAGAUUUACACCAAACUCUGAUUUUUCCACUACUUACCCACCAGCACCUACAGAAGGGCCUAAUAUAGUUUGCAAAGCCUGUGGACUUUCAUUUUCAGUCUUUAGAAAGAAGCACAUAUGUUGUGACUGCAAGAAGGAUUUUUGCUCCGUUUGUUCAGUCUUACAAGAGAAUCUUCGUAGAUGUUCCACCUGUCACUUACUACAAGAGACAGCCUUCCAGCGCCCUCAGUUAAUGCGACUGAAAGUGAAGGAUCUGCGGCAGUAUCUCAUUCUUAGAAACAUACCAAUUGAUACCUGUCGAGAGAAAGAAGACUUGGUAGAUCUAGUACUAUGCCACCAUGGGCUGGGCUCUGAGGACGACCUGGACACCAGCAGUCUGAAUUCCUUAAGGUCCCAGAAUUCUGGCUUUUUUACACAUUCAUUUUUUUCAAGCUACACGGCCCCCUCUGCUACCGUGUCUUCAUUUCAGGGAGAGCUAAUGGGUAGAGACGGGACCUUAGGAUCUGGAACACUGGCACAGGAACAGAGUGAAAUAGCUUCAGCAAACACAGAAGAUGAUGAUGACGGUGACGAUGAUGACGAUGACGACGACGAUGAUGAUGAAGAAAACGUGGAGGAACGGGCGCCUGGCCUCUCUAAGAAGAGACUGAGAGCAUCGCUGUCUGACCUGUCAAGCCUUGAAGAGGUGGAAGCGAUGAGUGUGCGCCAGCUGAAGGAAAUCCUGGCUCGGAAUUUUGUCAGCUACUCUGGCUGCUGUGAAAAGUGGGAACUGGUGGAGAGAGUGAGCCGGCUCUACAAGGAGAGUGCAGAGAGCCAGAAGCCACAUGGCGAACGGCUGCAGCUGCAGGACGAGGAAGAUGACAGCCUGUGCCGUAUCUGCAUGGAUGCCGUCAUCGACUGCGUCCUGCUCGAGUGUGGGCACAUGGUCACCUGCACCAAGUGCGGCAAGCGCAUGAGCGAGUGUCCCAUCUGCCGGCAGUAUGUGGUGCGCGCUGUGCACGUGUUCAAGUCCUGAAGCAGACGCUCUCCCCAGCGGGACACACUCGCCCCCAAGCUUGAUCCCAGACAUUUCAGUGCACAGAAGGGACUGGAAACUUACUGUUCAAAAGUUGAAGUUAUUUUUAAAAAUUAUUUUCACUACUAACUGGGAACAGAGUGUCACCCUAAGUUAUGGCCUGCCAGCCUGUGGACAGUUUCCCAGGUUCAGCCGGCAUCACACAUCUGUGAUCGUUAACUGCUGAAGUCAGACUGCUUAUGGCGUCAGCUCCUCCUCUGGGAGGACAUUACCCUGUUCUCUUCUUUCUCCUUACUCCCGUUUGUACCUUAAACUACUCAGAUGUUUGCAGCUUCUGUUCUGUUUGGAUGAGAUCACUGUCCACAACUGACCGACAUGGUACUUGCUCAGAGUGAACAUUCAGAGGUGCCACUGCUAUUAGUCAUGUAUAUUUUAAAUGCUACUAUUUGAUGAAUGUAAGUUUCCACAUCGUUGCUCUUUCUGCAUUUAAACUUAAUUGGAAACAACUGACAUUCUAUAUAGUCAACUGCCAGGGCCUUAGACUAAACAUGACCAUUUAUGUUCAGGUACAGCUUUUUAUAGCAAGGGCCGCAUCCAGCUGCUUCACUAGAGAAAUGUGUGUUAAAUUCUUUAUUAAUGUGUAAUUGGUUUACACUGUUUUGUAUAGUGAAAGUGUAUUUUCAGUGCUAUCGCUAGCUAAUUUGAACUUUAGGAAUAAAAUUAGAUUUUCAAAAAUG